UAUAAGGUAUCUCCUCUCCACUACAAUCAUUAUAGUUCAGUUGCAGCCCUGAAAGAUUAAAUGCCACAUAAAUGCAGAUUUGUGUUGAUUACAUUGAGAAUACAAUACAAGCUCGAUAUAUUUUCCGUUGGACACGCACACAUUGCAGGGAAAAUACACAAGUUUUGUAACUUAUCAGCUGGUUACAAGAGUGUCACGAUGCUGGUCCGUGGUACAGUUGAUCGUGUAAAUAAAAGACUCAAAGCUCCGUAUCCCGCAUGAACACCGGCGGUGUGACGUGUUGUUUGGCUGCUGCGUCACAGCGAGUCGGAGGCUCCUGAUUGGCCGGACGUCAGGGCGGAAGUACGUCGGGUAUCCCAGCUGGGCAGAAAAACAAAAACAAGGCAAGCUCCAACUGCACCAUGAUGGACGAGCUCGUGCAGGACCUGGUGUCCGCCCUGGAGCAGACCUCAGAGAAAAACCAGCUGGGGGAUCUGUGGGAGGAAAUGGUCCUGAGUCCGCUGCACCGGCGCCGGCAGACCCGCCGCCGCCGGGGCCGCAGGCGCUGUCGCGAAUCUUCCCUCUACCCGCUGCAGCACAGACGGUGCUGGAUCGAGGCCUCCGAGUCCAGUUUGGACGAGACCAAAGGAUACAGGGAGAAGACUUCCUCGACGAUGGCCGCCGCCGUGGCCAACUCGGACUCUGACGACGUGACUUCGGCCAACCGAUGGCGCUCCGUCGCGAGGGGCCCCGUCAGGACUAGGCAGCCCUCCUGGCCGGAGUCCGACUCCUUCACGGAGAGCAACGCGGGCCGUCAGCUCAGGAGGCGGAGGAAGGUCAAGCGCAUGAGCUCGGACAUCGCGGCGAGGCUGCAGCAGAAGUUGAAGGUCUCUGGCGUGGAUAGGAAACGUAGACACAGGCCGCCUCGAAUGCAGCGUCUCUCGGUUCCGAAGAACCGGUCCGCCGGUCUCGCGGGAGCGGAGCGGCCGACGGAAGGAGCCCGGAUGACGGGAAAGGAGCGCUGGAAGAGAAAGAUGGUCAAGGACCACCGGGACGCCGCUGAUGAAAACAUGUCCGAGGGGGAAACCAGCAGCACGUGCAGCAGUGACCCCGGCCUGUUCACCAAUGACGAGGGAAGACAAGGCGACGACGAGCAGAGCGACUGGUUCUUCGAGGGCGACUGCGGCGUCGGGAAGGGCGUCGCCGGCCUGCUGCCCGGCUGGGAGCCGGACAGCCAGCCGCCCCUCGACGACAACCGGCCCUCGCCUACUUUCCUGCAACCGGCGCGGCCCUCUCAGAGAGGGUAUCCGUGUCGUUCCCCUCGAGGGCCUGGCUCCGCCGCCUGCUGCGUUCGGAAGGACAGGAGGCGGCUUCCCAGCAAGGGCGGCGGCGUGCCGGUGUUUGUAGAGAGACUGCGGCACUUCUCGCAAGAUCCUUACCAGAGAGAUCUUUGGCUGCCUUCUGUUGGAAAACGAGACCGAUGCCAGUUGAGCCCGUUGUGCCCAUUACCAGUGUGUCCACUUGACAUGAUGUCAGAGAGCUCCCAUCUCCGAUGUUCCACUUCAAACUGCAGAAACAGGCAGACCAAUGUCUCCUUUGCAUAUCAGUCCUGCAGUGACAUCAGGAGGAGGAGGACAACGGAGGCUGUGUCCGUCACAACAUCAGCCAGCGGCACAUUUCACAAGGAUCACCGGAGAACCGAGGCACGCGGGGGCAGUAACGCCUCAACCCUCGAGGCCGUGGCACCAAGUGCGCCGGGUUCACUGAGUCUCUCUUUUCUCCGGAGGGACCACGAGGAACCGGAAUAGGGCCGGACGGGAGCACCUCGGCGACGAAGGGGAAAAAGCUAUUGUGCCAGAGAAUUCCAAAGGCCAAAACGCCUCUCACAAACUUUAUAACAACCCCCCCCCCCCACCCGCCUCACAAAAGCACGUCAUUACUCCUCAAAUCAGCAUGUUACCGCUAAAUCCAGUCUUCCCAGUAGUAUAAUAAGCAUGACAAAUGUUAAUGCAAUCAAGCCUUGUUAAGCCCUCCGCCAUCUCCUCAAAAGCAGCUUCUUCAAGAGGCUCCUCGUUUGACUCCAGACUGGACGGCUCCUCCUGUUUCCACGCACGGCCUCCGGGCCACCUGCCACCACCCAGCCCCAACAAUCACGCCCCGCGCCGCGCCGCCUGUCAGCGGGAACACCGGCCCGACAGCGGCUGGGGCGUGCAGCACCGGAGCGUCGCAGCGGUUUGGCGUGCAGCACCCGAGCGUCGCGGCGGUUUGGCCACCGCCGCCGCCGCAUGCUGCUACAGGGGGUUGGAGAGAGGCGACCGCUGGUGGGGGGUGGGGGGGGAGCCGCACAAAGUGCAGGCCUCCUAUUAGCAUGGGUUUGAAAAGCUACGGCGCGUGGUGCUCAUUAGCACCACACACGGGGGAGUGUGGACCGCCUCUGUUCCCUUCAGCCCUCCUUCCAUAUUCAAAUCCCCCCCCCCCCAGACCCCCCCCCCCCCAAAUCGGCUGUGUUUGAACGGGUGUUUUUCAGUGGUGGUGGUUGAGCUGCUUCUGGGGCCAGCUGGAGACCUGUUGGAGACGGUACCCCAUGCGUCUCCACCUACCCUGGGGGUGUACAUUGCUCCACCUACAUCGGCAUCAGAUGCAUUAAAAGAUCAAUGGCAGCAUAUAGUGGGAUGAAACACACUUCUCGCCAAGCUGGUAAACAAGGAGUAUUUUCCGUCACCUUUUUUGACAAAUGCCUAAAAUCCUCAUUUGAAAUCUUCCCUGCACUAAAGAACAUAUUCAUUUUUUAAUAAUAAUUACAAAGGAGUGAAAUGAGCCGCAUUAACACCAGCUUCAUUUCCCUGUCUUUUUCAGAAACUUUAAAGCCUUAUCGAAGAGAAGAAUCGCAUUUAGUGGGAUGAGAUUUCCCAAUUAACGUGAGUUAUACGUCUGCAAUAAUCCAUCUGAGAAAGCUUUAUGUGAUCAUGUUGGCCACGGAUGACAUUUAUAAAUGCUGUGUGUGCACACUCAUCUAAAUGGACGCCUCACACACCAGAUCCUGCCUCGGGGAAUCAGUCAAAAUGAGGCACAGCCCCCCCCCCCCUCCCCCCCCACGCAGCGCUGCAUGGUCCCCUCUUCCUGCAGCUUGACCAAGGAGCCCAGCAGCACCUUGGGCUCUUCCCACACCGGGAACACAUGCUCCACACUGAAUAAAUUGAUAGUUGAAAUUAAAAAAAAGAAUCUUUUGAUAAAUACAAUGGUGGCUUCUUUAAGACAGCGCCCCCCCCCCCCCCCCCCCCCGGACACGUCGACAAGUAUUGACUGCAGUGUUUUUUAAGGAGAGCUCGCUUGCGGUUGCUCUAUCCGUCAAUGUGUGUCCUGGUACCAAGGACAGCUGAGAUGCAGAAAUCCCCCCCCCCCCCCCCCCCCCCCUUCCUCUCUGGUAAUUAGCACUCACCCUGACGACGUCCCGGCCACACUGUAUGCCCCAAAAUGUGCUUCCAAUGGCCAGGAAGUGUGUGUGUGUGUGGGGCGGGGGGGUUGGGUGGCUUCCGUGCAGCCAGUCAAUUGCCCUGUUACAGUUAAGGAAUCCAGCAGGCUGGUCCCACUCAUAUUUCAUCCCAGGUAAAGAUUAGCUGUCAGGCCCAUGGGAGAUGUAUUGAUCUGUUUUCCUUUUUCCGCCAGCAAUCACCUGACAAAGGCACCUAGGAGGCGAGUGAAUGAGUGAUGCCGGGUCCGUCUGCUUUCGGCGCAUGGCGGCUCCUGGUGUCCACCGAUGGGUGGAGAGGUGUUGAGGAGGGGGAGAGAUAAUGCAGUCAUAAACUCUGUUUGAACCUCCGCCGUAUGCAUGCGGGGCAGAACUCAGUGCCCCCCCCCCCCCCCCUCCCGGGUCACAGGUCAGUGGGGGAAUCUGCUUUUUCUUUUGGCUCCUUUCUGGUCGGUGGCGUUUUUUUUUUUUAUUUCUUUCUUUUUAGCUCGUAGUGGCGCUAAAAAGAGGCUCUCUGGUUCCUGCUGACAAAUGGACGCUGCGAGUCGACUCGCGUUGGGUUUCGAAAUGAAAUCUGCAAACCUGCAUUAGCAAUUAUCAAUUUAUUCAACAUGAUCUGGUGUUUUUUGGCAGCUCAAAGUAUUUAUGUGUUUGCCUUGUUCGGUGGAAUACCAGACCUGAUUUCAUCUAUGAAUCCAUGUACCGCACUGUGUAAAAUGUGUAUUAUUUAUGAUGUGAUGCAUAAUUACAGGUCCAUUAAUUGAGGAUUUAGGCACGAGGACAAUUUCAUGAUCGAUAGUAGUGUAGAUAUGUCUCGAUUUUUUUUUUUUUCACUGUCGUAUUUUUGAAAUGUCAUUUACAAGGACUUAAAAAGAUCUCCCUGAUAUCAGGGCUCUAAGGCAGCUAUCCACAUUUGACACGUGGUACAAACAGCAUCUUAUCGCGUGGGCUGUUAUCUUCAUAUUUAAUAGCAACGGAGGCCUGCUUAAUUGCUUGCGAACGAUCUGAAGAGGAUUACUCCUCCCGCUCUGUGUCACUAGAUGUGAGAGAGACGUUCAAUCAAACCCGCAGCGCAGUGUUUAUGCAGCAGGUUUUGUGUCCAAACAAGUGUCAGAGUGAAGUGGAUAACUUUGGAAUACACUGUGUAUGAAUGUUAUUAUGCGUUAGAAGCUGUAUUAAGAAGUAGUAGUUCUCCAUGUGUCAUUUAUGUAUUCAGAAUUAUAUAAAUGGGAUUUAAAAAGAGACAAUGUGAUGUCAUUUUUCCAUGUCAUACGUAUUCAUAAAAAAAAAAAAAAAACAUUUGUAUUGAUCUGCGAAUGUCACAGUCACAGAAUAUUGUACGGACCUAAACCGCCGGUCACCAGGAUGCCCCGAAGUGUUUUUCAUGGGACGCUGACAUCGUUCUCACCUUGUGAGUCCGUGAGGUCGGAAAAACACACACACAGCAGAACACUGUGUGUGUAGUUUGGGUGAAAAAGACGGCGGAUUUUAAGUAUAAUCCAAGUUAGGCCUUGAAUUAAAUUACAUUUGAGAUAUUUCAUGAUUUGGCACUAUUUCAUCUUCUUUUUAUUUGUGGUCUAACAGCAUUGAUCUUGGGUGCCUAAGAUCUCAGAUUGUUUUUGCCAACCACUGCUUCGUUAUAUUGUGGAGAUGGCAAUAAAAAAGUUGAAAUUUCUUCUUCCAUUCUUUUAUGGCAUAGACUUAAAAUUACAUUCUUAUGACC